AUGGAGCAGUUGCCAAGUGAGUUGUGGGACCAUGUCCUCUCCUACCUCUCCUUGCCCCCUGUGCUGGCGCUGCCGCGGUUCGAUGAGAUCGACAGCAGGCAGGUGGUCCUUGGCGAGGACGGGCGGCGCGCGCGCUGCAUUUACACCACCGACAGAUUCCCGUCGUACCAAUUCAACACGGCCUUUGUGCGCACUCGGCCAACCACACCGGGCCGCCCGCCACUGGCCGUGGUCCACUUCCUCGUCGACUUUGUGCCCAGUAACCCGCAACCGGCCGGCGAGAUUCCGGCGCCGCCUCCGCCGCCGCCGGGGCUCAUUAAUCACUUCAUGUGGUCCCUCAUGCACGCGCCCGGGUCCAGGAAGCACUACUUCAUCUCGAGCCACUACAGCGACGGCGACAUCCACUCCUACGGCAACCACGCACCCUACCUGCCGGAGGAUCAGGUGAUGGCGCGGUUCGGGAAGGGCGACGUGAUCAGCGUGCAGACGGGGCUGCGCGACAUGAGGACCGCCUCCUCGCUUUCCCCCGGCUGGGACAAAGUGGUGGACGUCAGCGCCGUGAGUCCAAAUCCUGCACCGGGAGAAGAGAGAAAGAGGCACGAGGUGCAUCCGUACGUGAUCUUCUUCAAGAACUUCCAAAUGGUCCACCGCCCGCUGGUGUUCCCGCACCUGGCUGAGUCGGAGUGGCCGCUGCGCGUAGGCACCUUCUUCACUCAGGUUGAGCAGACCGUGUGCAUCGUGGCGCCGCCCGAGGGCCAGCGCUUCCGCCCCCUCCCGCCUGAUGCAUUCCUGCCAGCACCUGCUGCCCCUCCCGCCCUCUAG